CCUAUUCCCUAUAUAUACUGCUCUCCAGCUAAUUGUACAAAGAUAUCAUCGGUAGGCAUCAAAAGGCCCCACACUGUGCCUAAACCACCAGAACCCUCCAUUACAAAACCAAAAAACUUUGAUCAUUUUUGUAGCCAUUUUUCAAACAUGUCAAAAUCAAGAACCUCUGUUUUCUUCUUUCUCUUUCUUUUUUCACUUUCAUCAGUUCAAUCAAUUCCUCCUUCUUCAGACACAAUUGCCCUUCAAGCUUUUAAAGCCGCCAUAAAACCUUCCUCUAUUCCUUCAUAUUCUUGUUUAGGUACUUGGAAUUUCACGACAGACCCUUGCUCUGUUCCUCGUGUCACCCAUUUCACCUGUGGCCUUUCUUGUAGCUCUGGAAACAGAGUAACUGAACUUACUCUUGAUCCUGCUGGUUAUACAGGGACUCUUUCUCCGUUAAUUUCUAAACUCACUCAACUUGUUACUCUUGAUCUUCAGAAUAACAAUUUUUAUGGCCCAAUUCCUUCUUCUCUGUCUUCUUUACCAAAUCUCAAGAACCUGGUUCUUCGACUCAAUUCAUUUUCUGGGUCAGUCCCACCUUCCCUCACUUCUUUAAAAUCUCUACUUUCUCUUGAUAUUUCUCAUAAUUUGAUUUCUGGGUUACCAAAUUCGAUGAAUGAGCUAACCAGCUUAAGAAGACUUGAUCUUAGUUACAAUAAGCUAACUGGGUCACUCCCAAAAUUACCCCCAAAUCUACUAGAACUUGCAGCGAAGGCUAAUUCGUUAUCUGGGUCUCUUUUAAAAUCGUCGUUUUAUGGAUUAAAUCAACUGGAAGUUGUGGAGCUUAGUGAAAAUUCGUUAUUUGGAACUAUUGAAACUUGGUUCUUUCAGUUACCUUCGUUACAACAAAUCGACAUGGCGAACAACAGCUUUACACUCGUCAAGAUUCCAAAGGUUGUUGAUUUGAACAGCGACCUUGUCGCCGUCGAUUUGGGUUUCAACAAAAUCGAAGGGUAUUUACCGGUAAAUUUCGCGAUUUUCCCUCGAUUGUCGUCGUUGUCAUUAAGAUAUAACAAGUUCCGGGGACCGAUUCCGUUGCAGUAUAGCAAAAAGGCGACGUUGAAAAGGCUGUAUCUUGACGGUAAUUUCUUGAAUGGGUCACCGCCGGCGGGAUUUUUCGGCCGGGAAACUUCAGUUACGGGCAGUUUAGGAGAUAAUUGUUUACAAAAAUGUCCGAUUUCUUCGCAACUUUGCUUGAAAUCACAGAAAUCUACGUCGAUUUGUCAGCAAGCUUAUGGUGGGAAACCAAAGUCUUAGUUGUGUCAGUCAAUGUUUCUGAGAUUUUUUUUCAUCUUGGUUUUCAUAUUGUAAUUGUAGGAGUAUUAUAUUAUAUUCUUUAGAUAAGAAAUAACCCAAUAUAAUAUUUGCUCAUCUGAAUUAUGCCCC